AUGGCAGAAGAUGGGAAGUUCCAAAUUGAGAAGUUCGAUGGUACAGAUUUCAGUUGGUGGAGAAUGCAAAUUGAAGAUUUGCUGGUUCAGAAAGAUUUGGACGUGGUAUUGGGUGACAAGCCAGAAAAGAUGUCAGAUGCAGAUUGGGCAGGUUUGGAUCGGAAAGCAAUGUCCGUGAUCCGACUCUCGUUGACCAAGAAUGUUGCAUUCAACAUUCCGAAGGAGACGACAGCGAAAGGCAUCAUGGAAGCGCUGUCUAAUAUGUACAAGAAUCCAUCUACGGCAAACAAAGUGUUUCUGAUUAGAAAAUUGGUGAACACAAGGAUGAAAAAUGGCACUUCAGUUACCGAGCAUAUCAACAAGUUGAAUUCGAUCUUAGCCAGACUUUUGUCAGUGGGCAUUAAGUUCGAUGAUGAAGUUCAAGCUUUACUACUGUUAUCGUCAUUGCCUGACACUUGGUCCGAAACUGUUACAGCAGUUACCAGUUCAGCGGAACCUGACGGAUUCACUUUUGAGAAGAUUCGUGACCUCGUUCUUGGCGAAGAUGUCAGAAGAAGGAGUUCUGGUGAGUCUUCGAAAGAAUCACUAAAUAUCGUCAGAGGUAGAGGAAAUAACAGAGGUAGUGGGAGCAAGAACAGACGAAGGAGUCGAUCGAAGACUCGGGAUAGCUCAGGCGUAACAUGCUGGAAGUGCAAGGAGGUGGGGCAUUUCAGGAAUCAAUGCCCGAAAGAGGAUAAUCAAGUGAACAUUGCUAGAAGCUCCGCGAGCGACGAGGUUUUGUUUAUCUGUUGUGCGGAGAGCAGUGUAGAUUCCUGGGUCAUGGAUUCUAGUGCUUCAUUUCAUGCUACCCACAGCGGUGAAGCAUUGCAAAAUCUAGUUGUUGGGGACUUUGGAAGGGAUGUCAGAGUGGUUCCAGCCUUGAAGAAAAGUUUGAUUUCUGUUAGACAAUUGGACGAACAGGGACACGAGGUGAAGUUCGGAAAUGGGCAGUGGAAGGUCGUGAAGGGAAAUCUUGUCAUGGCCCGCGGAAGGAAGAGUGGGUCGUUGUACAUGGUCGGGUUACCGUCUGAGGGAGUGAGCGUCCCAGUUCAGAAGAGAAACAAAGUUCGGUUCACAGAGUCUCGUGGGCAGAAGAAGGUUUUCUAUGCAAGAAAGAAACCCAGAGCCACAGGUCAGACUCAGGAUGAACGAGCGAGGAAAGGUUCAAUGAGGCCAGUCAGAGGUAUCUGUGGCAGUGGGAGCACAGGUUUUGCUUCAGCCAAGGUUCCUAUAAGACAUUGGGUCCGGAGAACCAGUAUUCUAGCUGUUAAAACAUCUCCAGAAAAUUUCUUGCUCAGUAUGGAGAUUGUUUGUUCUCAGGAUGUUCCAGGAUCCGGCAGUGCGUGUGUGCAGUGGGAGCCGGUAGGGACCGAGGAUGAGUCAGGGACAGUUCAAGCCAUGACUGAUGGGUUGAAACUCAGGAGAGUUUCAACAGAGUCUUCUCGAUGAUCAAGAAGGCUGGUGGCAUCUAGAGGUGGUGGAAUUUUGAGUUCCGUUAUCAGAUUACAGAAGUACAUUUGCACAGUUGAAGCGCAGGUGAACAUUGUUCCGUGGCUUCAAGUGGGAGAUUGUUGAGUGUGAAGCCAGGAAGCUAGGUGGAAGCUAACAGGAAAUUGGCAGGAAGCUACCUAGAAGCUUACGGCUUAAUCAUUGUCUCCCUAACUAAUCUCUAUUUAAGAGAUGCUAAUGUGCUUGUAAUGG